AUGAACAGCAAUAGCGACAACGAUAGUGAUGGUGAGGACUUGACAUUGUCAGUUGCAUCACUAGCAGCUCUACAGGAAUUUGCGAUUGAACAAGGUAUUGCCAUGAACACUGAUUCAUCAGAUAUACGUUUGGACAUUCAAAAUGCAUUGGACAUUGAGCCCAAGGAAGAUUCAUUUGAGUUCAAGUUUGGCACGUCAAAAGGUGAAGCAGAGAUUAUAAUACGUCUUAAUGGCUUACGACGUGAUAUUGGACAGACGUUGCAGUCUACGGGGCUCACACUCUGGCGUGCUGGGGACUUUUUGAGUGACUACAUGUCCCAAAACCGUGGCCGGUUUGCUGGUAAAUCAAUCAUCGAACUGGGUAGUGGACUCGGCCUUGUUGGCAUUUUGGCGUCGUAUCUUACGGAUCAACACGUGGUAAUGACAGACGGUGAUGAUGUUACCAUUGAGCUAUUGACUGCUAAUUGCCAGCUCAAUAAGGUCGAGGAUAGGGUGCAAUGCAGAAAACUUCUUUGGGGUAUCGACUUGGAUCAGAUUGAAGACAAGUUUGACAUUGUUCUGGGAGCUGAUAUUAUUUACGAGCAAGAACAUGUUGUGUCACUUUUUGAGACGGCGAAAUACUUGUUGAAACCUGGCCGUCAACUUGUGGAGAGUGGUGACAAGGCCGCGUCGGAGUUUUUGCUGGCGUACACGAAACGCAAUGUGUCCAUUGACUACGUUUUAGAUACUGCAAAGAACUUUGGCUUUGAGUGGGAUGAACCUAUAAACGACGAAGGUAUCUACACAUUUAGAUUAGUGUAA